AUACUCGAAUUAAAGGAAAACAUGAAAACGCUCCCUUAACUAAGCCAGACCGCCAUAAGGAAGAAACUGCUGCUCCUUCUACUACCCAUAAGGAGCAAACCGCCCCUGAAACUAACCCAGACCGGCAAGCUUUUAAGAGAGCAAAAACUGAAAAGCCAGAAACUCCGGAAAGCGAAGAUGAAGAAGCCCCUCCUACUCAACUUUUAGAACAGCAAGAAAAAGAAUUAAGAAAGCAAAGAGCCCAGGCCAAAGCCCAACUUACUCACGAGCAAAAGCAACAACAAGCCACUAAAAAAGAACUAACUCAACUUAAAUCAGCAGCCACCAAAGAAACUAAGAAACUAGAACAAACUCAACAAAAAUUAGCUCAACCAACUAGUUCUAAACAACGCCAAGAAUUACAAAAAAAGCAACAAGAAAGCCAAGAAAAGUUAACCCAAAUUCAACAGCAACUUCAAGAAAAGCAAGAACAAUUAAAUCAACAACAGCAACAAACCGAGCAAUCUCAACAAAAAAUCCAAGAACUUAGCCAGCAAAUCGAACAAACUCAAACGCAAAGGCAAUCUUCCCAACAAUCCCAAGCCGAAAAGCAAUUAGAAAAAGAAAUCGAACAAAAAGAAACCGAAGCCACCCAGGCUCAACAAGAAGAACUGCAACAGCAAUGA